AUUGGAAAGGUCAUAAUUAUAAUAAUUCAAUUGACUAAUUCAUAUCGGUUGAGAAUUUUGUUUGUUUUCGUUAAUUGUUUCACUAAUUAGAUUUUUAAUUUCUUUCUUAAUUAUUGACUGGAUGUCCUUUGAUCGAUUAGUUAAUUCCUAUGGAUUUAUCUCCUCCCAUCUGAACUUGGAAACUCACUCGAUCACAAUCAUAAUUAAUUCAAUUUCUCAUCUUACCCAUCAACUCAUUUUCUUUCAGUGUUAAUUAAUUCAUCUCUUAAUUUACUUCCUAAUUGUGAUUAACUUUCCAAUCCAAAACCAUCAACUUAAAUUUCCAAUUCUAUGAUUUAGUUUCAUCAUAAAACUUUCAAUUUAAUCCCAAAAAAAAUGUCUUCUUUUCCCUUGAUUGUGAUAAAUCAAUUGUCCAUCUUGUUAAUUAUCUUAGGAUUAACAAACUCAAUAAAUUGUAAAGUUUCUCAAAGUAAAUUGUUGACUAAGCCCAAUCAAUCAACCUUAAUUAAACUCGGAUUCUCUGGUAUAUUUUGGAAUUACAUUCAAUCAAACAGAACAGAAUUAAACAAUUUAACACCUAAAUGUUUAUCUAAAUUAAAACAUAUCAGUGAUUUAAUUGAAUCAGAUAAUCCGGAAGCUCUGAAAUUGCUCAGCUUAUCAAGUCACCUUCCAAAUAAAAUGUUUGAAAUUUCAUACGCUGAUUUAGAGGGAUAUGAUCAGUGUUUAUCACUACAAUCAACUCAUUAUUGUCAAGCCUCCGUAAUCCCAAUGGACAACAAUUUAUAUCCACAUUGGUUUUCCCUUCGUUACAAUACAACAAUUCACAUUGGAUUUUGCUUGCCGAGCAUUUGUACACCUGAUCAAGUUGAUUAUCUCAUAACUUCAGCAAUUAAAUCAUAUGAUUGGCAGAAAGUUUAUUUCCAUGGCUGUCAAGUUCCCUCUACUUUCUUGGAGCGAUUGAGUAAAUCAAACUCUUCUCAAUUCGGAUCAUUUCUCUUCCUAUCUGGAAUCGUUUUGAUCGUUGUCGUUACAACGAUUUUGGACCAUUUUAAUUUCUUUGAUAAAGUAAAUCGUUUCAAAUGGUUGAAACAUUUCACUAUUCAAUCAACUAAUCGUAAUCUUAUUAACAAUCAAAUUAACAAUAGAAUCAGUUUAAUUGACUAUUUUAGAAUAUUAAUUUCAAUUAUAUUUCAAAUGGUUCAUUCAUUUGCUUUGAUUUGUAUAUCUAAUUUACUUUACACUACAGAAAGUCUAUCAACUUUAAGAGAGUUCAUUUCUCAAUGGACUUAUCAACCAUUUAAUAGUGAUUGGCUUUAUGGUGGAUUAAUUUACCUUGGUGCUACUGCUGCUGGUACUCAUGUUUGGUCAAUUGUUGAAGUGGACACACCGAUAACCACAUACGUUUGGAUUUUCAUCAAGAAACUCAUCAUUUUUUGGCCUGCGCUAAUUGUUACAAUCAAUUUGAAAAUUAUCUUACCUUUAUUGGGAACUGGUCCAGUUUAUACUUAUCAUACUCAAUGGAGAUCGGAUGUUUGUGCCUCUAAUUGGUUGUACACUUUGUUACAUAUUCACAAUUAUCAGAAUGCUUAUGAUAUGUGUAUUGGUCCAUUCUGGUCAAUGGACGCUGAGCUCCAUCUCUUUGCUGUUGCUUUGAUCUUCGUCUAUUUAUAUAAGAAAAGUCCUCGAACUGCUUAUGUCCUAAAUACAAUCGUAAUGAUUAUCGGUCUUGCUGUUGUCUUUAACACUUAUUAUUCAAAUAAUUUCGUCUACAGAUUAGCUGGUUAUAAGUUUGAACAUUGGGAACAAAUUGAAAGUUACAUCACCAAGACUUACCUUAGGUCAGAAUCUCACCUAUUUGCUUAUUCAUUGGCACUAAUGGUCACUUAUCAUUGUUGGAUGAAUCCAAGUUCAUCUAUUGGUCUAUCAAAGAUCAUUUCUCGGCUAAUUACAGUUCUAUUGAUUAUCUUAAUUGUUCUGGCAGCUUAUUCUCCAGGAUUAUGGAAUGUAUUAAAGAUCGAAACUACCCCCUUUUGGUACGCUCUUCAUGCGACUAUUUGUAAAGCCGUUGUGUCCGUUGGUUUUGCGUGGAUUGGAUGGUUAGGUUUCCAUGAUGAGCGAGUUUAUAAACUUAUGAUUAAAUCUAAAGUCAAAUUGGACAUUAACCAUAAUAAAUUGAUCGACGAGAAACCGGUUCGAAAUGAGAAAUUGCAUCAAUCGAAUGCGGUUUUAUACAAAUUAUCAUUAGCGGCCUCGAGGGCCACUUAUUUUUCCCAUUGGCCUUUGUACAUUUGGUUUUAUGCAAAUAAAACUAAAGUUUAUCUGGAUAGUAGGUUCCUUACUGAUUUAAGUUUCUUAAUUGCCAUUGGAUAUUUUUCUGGAUUAAUUUUUCACUUUCUUGUAAUUGGUCCAGUUGAAAGUAUCAUCUCGUCAUUUAAACGAAGAAAAACAAACAAGAUUGAGUAAUUUAAUGUGUUAAAUAUUUCGAAUAAAAUUAACCUAAAUGUUGUUUUAUUUUCAAAUUCAAGUUAAUUGCUGAAUUGGGCGAUUUUCACACUUUCUCGAAAUUUUUACUUUUUUAGAGAAAAAGU